UCGUUGGAGCCGCCCUUUUUCUAUAAAUCAUCAAUCUACAACAUUUUCAUCAGUGUCUCCAGCUUAUUUGUUGGGAGUUAUUGACAAUUCUCAACAAGAAAAUUGUCUAGAUAAAUUAGAUAAUAUUAAACAACAAAAGGAUUUUGAGAAGGAAGAAGAACAAACAGCCAAUCAAUUAAAUAAAGAUUUAAAAUCUUCCUCGUCUCCUUUCGUGGCCGCAAAUUCGGCCACAAUUUCAACAAGCAGACUGCAUUCAACAUCCUCUACCAUAUUUUCAACACAAUUUUCAACUGAAGAGAGUCUCAAAGAAAAUCGACGUCCAAAUAAUAGAGAAGUUCUAAAAUCUCCAACAACCGCACUUUCAGAGCUUAGCUCGCCUCGUAGUUCUUCUGUAAAAAUUCGUUUAUUAGACAGAACCCAACAACAACAAAUAGGCCAACAAAAAUCCCCAACCGCCGUCGUGCCGAUGCCUGCUGGCGUUGGCAGCGGCGGCGGCACAAAUUCGCCGCAACAUCAGCAGAGUGUUGGUUUGGAUAUUGACUUAGAACAAGUUUUGCGUUCUGAAGCUGCACGUGCUCCUUUCCACCAAUUUUUACAACAACAAUUUUGUGCCGAAAAUAUAAAUUUUUAUUUGGCCGUAGAAGAAUAUAGAAAAAUUCCUGAAGAAGAAUUAGACAGACGUUUAGAUUUUGGACGUCAAAUAUAUGACAGACAUUUUGCUGCAAAUUGUAUAGAACCUGUUAAUAUUGAUAAUUCUACUUCAAAUCAAAUUCGUGAAGCUUAUAAAAAUAAUCGUUUUACUGCAACUGUUUAUGAUGUUGUACAGUAUCAAAUCUUUCACUUGUUAAAAUAUGAUUGUUGGCCUCGUUAUUUACGUGCGGGUGGUCAAUUGACUGAAGAAUUUGAUUCCGGUGCUUCACAACAUCAGCAACCAAAAACUCGAAGUAACAAUUCUUCAACCACAAAUCGUCGAAAAUCUCUUUUUCUUCGCCUUUUGCGUCUUCAAAGAUCAGGUGCCAUAGAUAUAGAUGAUGAAAUUGAGGACGACAAAAAUAAUAAAAUUUGUCAUUGUUCCAAUCCUUUUGUUAAACAAAUUAAUGGAGAAUUACAACAACAAAGGCGGCCUUUAAUUCCUUUAAAUUCUUGUGGAACAAAUAUUUUAUUUUCUGUUGAUGAAAAUAAAAUUGAAAGAAGAAUAUCUACUCGAUUACCCAAAAAACCUGUUAAUUCAAUAAAUAAUACAAAAAGGGCCCGAAAAAGUUAUGGAGGAACUUCUACAGUUUCUUUUUGGAGGGAUGCUACAAAACAAAGAAAUAAUCGUUGCAGGGCUUGUGAUGGAAUUAUUUUUGGUGAAUCUAAACCAGACUUUCCUCUUCGUUAUUGUACUUUACUUUGUGCUGAUAGUGCAACUUCUACAGAAAUUACACUUUCUGAUCCAUUCCAAUCUGUUAGACAAUGGACUGUUACAAUGGCUGAAGGUUGUGGAUUAGACAAAAAUGCUUGUGAAGUUGUUGAUGCACAGACUGGCUCAACAAUUGAUCCUGUACGGCAAGCGGUUGAUGCUUUGAACAAUCGAGUGGUCCGAAUAAUGUCUGUAGUUAAAUUCCCUGUCGUCUUUCUCGGACCCUCUGCUUGCCCUUCCAGUGGGUCAUCAUCAAAACCAUCAGCACCUUUACCGGCAAAGGUAGUAAUUAUUCGUUGUAGACCAGCAUUAACUGUUGGGAAAGUACUUCGUCCAAUAAUGUCAAAAUAUAAUGUAGACACUGAACAAGCAAUUGUUUGUUUAGCAGGGACUUGUGAUGUAUUAAAAUUACAAACACCUGUUAGCAAUAUUUAUCAGAAAACUUUAUCUGUUAUGACACAACAACAAUUUGCUGAAAGAAAAUUACUUCCAAAAAGAGAAACACAAAAAGAACUUACAAUAACCCCUCAAUGGAUGCUUUCAGCAAGUGGACAAUCAUCCCCUGGAAGUCCAGAUAUUCCUUCACCACCAUUUCAUCAACACGGAGAUAUAAGUUUUUGUGAAGUACCUUUAGAACCAGAAAGUGGAAUUAAAUUGGGUGGAGGGCUUUUAUUAAAACAUUCCGCAACACGUUCUUACAGUUCUAAUCCUCGAGAAUUUUUUAAAUUUGGUCGUAAGCCAACAGUUAAAUCAAAAGUUGCCAGAAGUGGGGGAACAGAGACUGAUUCAACCACUGCUAAUGCUACAACAACAGCAACAACAACUCAAUCUUCAGAUUCCCCUCAUCAACAACCAAGUACUUCAACUUCUGCUGCUUCACAUUUACGAUAUAGAAAAUCAGGAGGCAGUACUAUGGGAGCGGGAAGGAACAGCGCUUCUAAAGAGGCAGAUAGACGUAAAUCUUUUGGUGCUGCUGCUUCUGCUGCUUCUCCAAUUGAAGGUUCUUCUGGCAUUGAACCAGAUGAGGGAAGUGGACACAACAAAGGGCCAAGACUAAGCGGAACUGCUUUGGCUGUAGGUCUUGUAGCACCAAGUGACAUUCCUUACUGUGGAGAGACAGAAACAACAGAAGAUGAAUCAACCAGGCCUUUGUACGAAGUUUGUAGUCCUUAUUCAGUGCAAAGCUCGAUGGCUAAGCAUGAGCCUGUUCCUUUCACAAAAAGUGCCGCAUUUACAAGUAGUAAUUCUUCAAAUAUUUCUCCUGGUGCUAAUUGCCAACCAAAUCAACACCAACAACAACAUUCUCCACUUCCUGCAAUUUUUGCUUCAGCUAUAGGAAGUGGUGAUAAAGAUAAUAAUAAUGCAAUUACUACAACAAAUACAGGUAUAAGCCCCUCACAUUCAACAGAAAGUGGAACAAUGGUUUGGCAAAAAGCAGAUUAUGUUUAG